UAUUAUUGAAUAUAAUAAUAAUUAUGGAAAAAGCAGCCUACCCAAUACUCGAUCAGCCAAAGGAUCUUCCUCAAAUGCAGCCGAAAGCAGUCUUUAAACCAGUGGCUAAGCAGCAAAUACCUAUUGUUGAAACCCAGAACUUGGAAUUAAAGAUUAACUGGGCUCAGAUCUUCAACAUUCUUGUGUUGGUUGGAGUAAUUCUCCUUGGAUUGGCUUAUGAUAGUCACUUAUCAGACGUGACCAAUAUGCCUAUUUUUAGACCUAUGCUUUGGUUCAAGUACAUCCUGAUUAUAUUGAAUAUUGUCCAUUACUUCUCACCAGGAAAUGACAUCGUCAACCAAGGACUUACCAUCUUCGCUUACACCUCCUUUGUUGAGCUCAUUGUCAACGUUCUCAUCCUAUUGGUUGUUUUGAGCCAAGAUGUAGCUUACAUUCUUGCUGCUGGACUUGGACUUGUGUUCAUCACUCUUCCAACAUUCCUGGUUGGACUUACUUCUUGGAUCUUAUUGAAAAAUAGCAUUACUUACCAAUCUGCAAAUCAGAUUUACACAAUGGCACAGAACUUUUAUCAAGAACAGACCAAAGAGGAGCAGGCUCAGCCAAAGUACCAACAAGUACAAUUCAUUGUUCAGCCAUAAUGUUUUCUGCUAAUGAAAAUUCAGAUGGGUAAUUAAUUUCCCACUUUC